CCCACGUCAAAUCCAAUUGAUGCAACUUGCAAUGGGGAUUUGGCUGUCGCCCUUGCCACCUCAUUGGCAACGCGGAGAUCAAUGCAGGGAAGCAAGGUAUAUGGCAGGCCUCUGAAAGCCCAUCGAAGAGGGACGGCGCGCUUCCGAUGCUGGUGGUGGGCUUUGUUGGUGAUCAUAGCUCUGGGGUUCUCUGCACUUUUCAUCCCUUUGCCCAAAUUUCAGACUGCUGGUGCCAUUUGGGACCGGAGGAAGCAGGCUGACAGCUUUGUUGAGCUGAAAACAGCUGGGUUGAGGCACACAUUGCUUGAAUCCUCGCCGCAAACAGCAUUGCACCUCUUUGUCUCAUGGCACACGCUUGAGGGGGCAAAGAGCAGUUUUGCAGCCCUGAGAGCCUCAUUCGAGAGCGUGGUGCUUGGAGCUCCACUCUGCAUCAUUUUGGAUCUAGGAAGCACAGAAGUGGACAAUUCUUCUGCAGCGUCGCCAAACGAUUUGGAGCGCUUCGCUCGACAAUUAGAAUGGCCCUUAGGGAGUUUGCAAGUGGUCGCGAGGGACUCCACAUUCGACGCGGUCGACUCCCUGCCUUUCUCGUGGCCUGCCAGCCGGGACGAUGAGGUGGCACUGUAUCUGACAGAAGCGGUUAUCUUUGAGAAGCGGGAUGUGUUGUGGCUGCUGCAAGCAACGCGGGCAUAUGGGCCUGCCAUCACUGAUGGCCAGGCCCUGGCAGGGCUGUACUUGGGGCCUGCUUUGCGCAGAGACUCCUUCCCCAGUGGCUCAGCUCCGCCUCCAGGGCCUUUCUUGGCUCAAGCCCCCUGCUUUGAAGGGUGUGCGUUCUUCCCUGGCCCUUGGCGCCAGUUUCAGGAGUAUCACCGCCAUUGGCAGAUCAUUCCGGACUCUGAGUUCCCCCCUGCCCCGGGCAGCCCAACGGGGGGCCAGCGCUGGCGGCGCCACCUAGCUGAGAUGAUGUGUGCGCGGGGCAUGCUUGCGCUGCACCCACCUCUGCAGGAGGGGGAAUGGCAGUUGCAGCAGAUUUCGGGGCGGCCGCCCGGCUUGCCUCCCUUUGCGGCGCUGCCCAUCUUUGACGCCUCCCUGCGUCUGGUGCUCUCCCCCGGGCGCCUGCUCUACAGCGGAAUUGGCUGGGCCAUGCGCCCACUCCUGCAGUCGGGGGACCCAGCCCGGCAGGCCCUGGCUCAAACUCUGUAUGGAUACCCUGGGGCAAGUCAGUGCAUACUGGACCACUGGACACAAGCAGGGCACCGGGAGUCACAAGGGGUGGAAGGGAAGCGGGCCAAGGGAGGGGUGUCUUCAGAAGAAGAGCGGUUUCUGUUCUUCUCGCCCCAGUUUGGUCUCAGCAACCAGCUGCUGGCAUAUGCCGACAUGGCAGCCCUGGCCACCGUUCUCAACCGGACGCUGGUCUUAGCCCCCUUGCGGCAGAAAGACGGAACCUUCAUUGACGUCGAGAGCCUGCUCGACGUUGGAAAGCUCUUUCCCGUACAAGAACGACAGUCGUCUUUAGCAGAACGUCAAGCACAGGGGGAGAAGUCGGGUGGGCUCGUCGACAAGGGGGAAAAAGUACGGGCGAUUCGGCACAAAGACUUCAUGAAAAGCGUGAUGAAAGGGCGGCCCCUGCGCAGCCUGAUCCGCUUCGACUGGUCCAACCGGUUCGGCGGGCGCGAGAAGGACGAUGCGUGGCUCACUGCGAACAGGCUCCUGAGUCACGCGACGCAGCAGGUCGAGCUACCGACAGUCGCAAUGUUCCGGCACGCCAUGCUGCUGCUACUGGGGGGCUGCUCCGCGCACCGCGUGCUGGCCCUUGACAUCGGCUUUCUCGCCACUGCGUGGCGGCAGGAAGCGAAAGGCGAGGACGGCAGUGGCGAGGGGCGGCGCUAUGAUGCCGUGCGCCGACAGCUGCAGGCGUGGGUGCACCGGCCGUUCAGGGACGAGGUGGUGGAGCAGGUCGCUGCCUCGGUGCGCCGCCUGGCCCCCUUCACCUGCCUGCACCUGCGCCGCGGCGACUUUGCGGGCUACUGCGCCAUGAUCCGCGACCAGCGCCGCCUCGACCCGGGGGGCCCCUACGGCAUCCCCUUCUUCGCGUCCUUCACCUACCGCAACUGCUACCCGCGCCUCGCCGACCUGGCAGCCCUCCUGAACGCCACGUCACUGGUGCCCCCGGGUCAGCGCCUGUACAUUGCAACGAACGAGGGCGACCGGGACCUGCUCGCCCUGCACUUCGGCGACGCCUUCGACUGGCUCGACCUCGAAGCGCUCCCGGGGGAAACCACCGGGCUGCCGGGCUGGCUGCCCCCGGUUAUCUUAGACCGCCUGGUGUGCCAGAACGCCGAGGUGUUGGUGGGCAACCGGUGGUCCACCUUCAGUCGGUCCAUCGCGCAGAGCGGCCCUGCGGACGUGCACUACGUCGGCUUCGGACAGCUUGCCGCGCUCUCGCGGCCCGAGGACGAAGCUGGCAGCCAGCUGGCGGUCGCUCGCUUUGACACAUGGCGGAGAGCUGCGGAAGGCGGAAUGCAAUCACUAGGGGAGGAUCGGGAGGAAGGGAGCGUUGUCCGCAGGUUGGCCGCCCUGCUCGACUUCCGGGUCCCCGCCCCGCCCCGGGCCUGCAUGCAGCAGCCUUCGGAGGGCUCCCCGGGGGCACAGUACUGGUUCAAAACCGGGUACUUCCGGAGCCGGCUGCCACGUCACUCGCAUGACGUCACCCUGGUGACGUACGCGACGGCGGCCCAGCUGGGGCUCCUGCGGCGGCUGCUGCGCGCGUGGCCCGGCGUGAUGUCCCUGGGCUUCUGCCUGGGGCCUUCUAAUAAGAGCGGUCAGCUGGCGGCGCUCCGGCACUUGUUCCGGGAGGCAGAGGCCGGGGGAAGGGCCCGACUGGACGUGUCAUUGCUGACGAGCACUCCCCCGGGCGCCGGGAUUGACGACUUCGACUGGGAACAGACGUUUGGGAGGGGGCAGUCCAACUGGCUUCGGACGCCUAAAGACGUCACAGGGUGUCCGGCGGGGCUGUUGCUGGAGGUGGCUCUGGACGCCGCUUUGACGGACUUGGUAGUACUGAUGGAUCCUUUCGCGCAGCCGAGCCCAGGGGCGUAUGCUGCGUGGGCGCAGCCUGCCGCAUUUCGCCGGUUGCGCGAACAGGCGCUCGGGGAAGGGAGCGCCGUGCGGCCGCGGUGGCUAGCUGUUCCGGUUCAGGACGUGGAUAGCCAGGCAUACUGGCUGGUGGGUGGGCCGGAGCUCGUUCAAGAUGUUGCGGCGGACCGACUGGGGCGGCACUACGUGCUUGCGGCGCGGCGCCACCUGCCGUGCCUUCGUCAUCUGACAGCGGCAGACGGCGACGGUGCGGGCACGCUCGGGCGGCAGCUCGCGGACUCGGGCUGGCCCUGCGCACUGGUCCUGACCGGCCACUUCCUGAUUGCCGGAAGGAAUCUUGACGAUGAAGGGAUCAAUUAAAUCCUUUAUGAGCCCGCUAAGGCAGUUGCCAACUUCACAGAGUCACGUACAAAGCAGGCAGGGAUAAAAACGUUUGAAGUAGGAUCUUGUACGCAGCCAUGUAAGAUGCAGACCUAUAAGCAGCAAUAUAUCUUGCUUCAAGCACGCAAACACAAGAUCGUUGUCCAGUCUCUACAAGUGACAGGUGCUUCUUGGAUUGAAGAUGCGCAUGGCCAACGUGGCUAGGCUAUCGGCCUCUUGAGCUGCCGUGCUGAGGUUCACACCACUCUUCGC